AUGUGCAGUAUGUUCGCGCAAGGAGGCGGCACACUGCAAGUGGAAGCAUCCGUGGUCUAUGGAGCCACCGGGGAGAGGCAAAGCUCCGCGACGCAGCUGCCGGUGCUCUAUGAAGGCUCUGACUUGCAGGCCGACAUCGCCUUGGCAGAUGGGACGAAGGUCUUUCGCCCGGGGCUGCCCAUGAGGGUGUCAGUCCGCCUCGUGAAGCCUGGUGGCCAGAUUCCAUCAGCACAGGAUCUGAGUGGAUUCUCCGUACGUUUGGCGCAGGAGGCGAGCACAGUGUCGUACAGCCACCGGCCCGAGACGGUCUACCACGACCUGGCCGCCGCGAGCUGGAAAGACGGGCGGCAGGAGGUGGAUGUUCCAGAAAUCCAAGAUGAUGCGGCAUGCUGCAACCCCGCAGCCACGCGCACCACUUGGCAAGAGCAUGAGAAGGCCUGUGGCUGCUGCGUGACAGGCUUGCAUUUCUGGGUGGAGCGCAAGCAGCCAGGAGAUGAGUACUGGCAACGCAUUUACACUGGUGUGGAGGGGAAGUCGGCCUCGGGCUGCGCCGGCCGUGCCUGGUCACCGGACGGCUCCUACUUGGCUUUGAGUGCGCCUGUGGAGGACGGCAACGCGUGGACAGCACAGCUGCUCAGCAGCCGGCCACCAAGCGAUCUCCAGAGCAACGUGGAGUACUUCGUGACGCAGGCUGGAAGCUUCGUUGCCAGCGGUGUUGCCCAGCCAAGCUUCACUGCUUCCGGAACUCACUUCAAGGCUUCUCUGCAGAUGGUGCUGCCAACCACCUUAUCGGGAGAACUUCGCUUUGCCGUCGUCGCGAGGACCAGCUCUGGUCGCGCAAUGGCGGCAAGUUCAACUGUUUCGAGGAGCCUUCAGCUCCCCUACAACCUCACAGCGAGCUUCUCCACCGCGGAGGCAAAGCCCGGCACGGAGCUCCAGGUGCAGCUGGAGGCCAAGUGUGCAAAACGCCGAGUGAAAGCAUUUGCAGAGGGGCUGCUUCUGGGUUCUCAGCUUGCUCCCGUGGACAGCAACUCCUGCGAAUCUGCCAGGCGAAGAGCUUGGCCUCGGGCUCGGCCCCUCGAGCCACUUGGCAGGCUGUACAUCAGAAGGCCGUCGGCAUGCUGCCGCACCAUUUCUCUCUUCGGCUCUUGGGAGUCCGCCGGAGUUCACAAAAGUUCAGGGCGAUCCCGAAAAGCAGCCAAGGCUGUCCAUGCCUUCAUCGCGUCCGGAGGCCAAGUCGGUGAUCUUUUUCAGCCUCGUGAUGCCAUGUGGUUGUUUGGCUUUUGGCUUGUUGGGUUGUAA